CCCUCUUCUCCUCUCCCCUGUCUCUCUCUUCUCCAAUCAAACAGAAGUUCAGACUUUCUCAUCCUUUCCCGAGAAUCAGACGAGCCCUUUCCCUGUCGGAAAAAAAAAAAUCUAGAGAAAAUGAGAGAAAUCCUCCAUAUCCAAGGUGGUCAAUGCGGAAACCAGAUCGGAGCCAAGUUCUGGGAAGUCAUAUGCGACGAGCACGGCAUCGAUCACACGGGACAAUACUGCGGAGAAUCCGAUCUCCAGAUAGAGAGGAUCAAUGUGUAUUACAACGAAGCGAGCGCUGGAAAGUACGUGCCACGCGCGGUUCUGAUGGAUCUGGAGCCAGGGACGAUGGAUUCGCUGAGAUCGGGGCCGUUCGGGCAGAUUUUCCGACCGGACAACUUCGUGUUCGGGCAAUCUGGGGCAGGGAAUAACUGGGCGAAAGGUCAUUACACGGAGGGAGCGGAGUUGAUCGAUUCGGUUCUCGAUGUCGUCAGGAAAGAGGCUGAGAAUUGUGAUUGCCUCCAGGGAUUUCAAGUAUGCCAUUCUCUUGGAGGUGGAACUGGAUCUGGAAUGGGAACUCUUCUCAUUUCCAAGAUAAGGGAGGAAUAUCCAGACCGUAUGAUGAUGACUUUCUCGGUUUUUCCUUCCCCUAAGGUCUCCGAUACCGUCGUCGAGCCAUACAAUGCCACCCUUUCCGUCCAUCAGCUCGUCGAGAAUGCCGACGAGUGCAUGGUUUUGGAUAACGAGGCUCUCUACGAUAUCUGCUUACGCACCCUGAAGCUCACUAACCCUACAUUCGGUGAUCUUAACCAUCUCAUCUCCGCUACCAUGAGCGGUGUCACCUGCUGUCUGCGGUUCCCGGGUCAACUCAACUCGGACCUCAGGAAACUAGCUGUGAACCUUAUCCCGUUCCCACGGCUCCACUUCUUCAUGGUCGGGUUUGCACCUCUCACAUCAAGAGGGUCACAACAGUACAGCACCCUGUCUGUUCCCGAACUUACCCAACAAAUGUGGGAUGCCAAAAACAUGAUGUGUGCAGCCGACCCUCGCCAUGGCCGCUAUCUAACAGCAUCCGCCUUGUUCCGUGGCAAGAUGAGCACAAAGGAGGUCGAUGAACAGAUGAUGAACGUCCAGAACAAGAACUCUUCCUACUUUGUCGAAUGGAUCCCGAACAACGUCAAAUCCAGCGUCUGCGACAUCCCACCAAAGGGUCUGAAAAUGGCAUCCACUUUCAUCGGAAACUCGACUUCAAUCCAGGAGAUGUUCAGACGGGUGAGCGAACAGUUCACCGCUAUGUUCAGGAGAAAGGCUUUCUUGCAUUGGUACACUGGCGAGGGAAUGGAUGAGAUGGAGUUUACCGAAGCAGAGAGUAACAUGAACGAUCUUGUUGCGGAGUACCAGCAGUAUCAGGACGCUACCAUCGGCGAUGAGGAGUACGAGGAAGAAGAGGAGCUUGAAGCUUGAGAUUGAUUUGAACCGAUGCAUAAGUUUGUGAGUUGAAUUAUUAUCAUUCCAUUUCAUUUUUCUUGGUUUUUUCUUUCCCGGGUUUCUCGAUUUCUUUAUCUUCCUUGUGUUUUCCAUUGCGUGCCAAACUCGGAUUGGGACUUGAGUGUGUAUAUUUCCAGUGAAUUCCAUUGGGAGGCAUGACGAGCUUCUGUGUCUGUUCUUUGUGUUUGUUAAUGAAAAACAUUUCAUAUUA